UGGGCUGCAGACCGAGCGGCUAUUGUCAGCCGCUGGAACUGGCUUCAGGCUCAUGUUUCAGACUUGGAAUAUCGAAUUCGGCAGCAAACAGAUAUUUACAAACAGAUACGUGCUAAUAAGGGGUUGGUAGUUCUUGGAGAGGCGCCUCCUCCAGAGAAUGCAACAGCAGACUUAGUGCUUAGUUCUGAGGUGAAGACAGAUCAUGGGAAUGAUAAAUUGACCGAAUCUGUUUCUCAGCCACUGGAAAACCAUGGUGCCUCUGGUCAUUCUUCAGAGUCAUUAUCUACCAAAUCAUAUGGAGCAUUGAGACCUGUCAAUGGAGUUAUUAACACGCUGCAGCCGGUCUUGGCGGACCAAAUUCCAGGUGACAACUCUGAUGCUGAGGAACAAUUACAUAAAAAACAACGACUGAAUCUAGUGUCUUCAUCAACUGAUGGCACCUGUGUGGCAGCCCGAACACGUCCUUUGCUGAGCUGUAAGAAACGGAGGCUUGUUCGACCCAACAGCAUCGUUCCUCUUUCCAAGAAGGUUUAUCGCAACAGCCCAGUGCGCUCUGGCUGUGAUGUGAAUCCCUUCUGUGCACUGUGUGGCUCAAGCAAUGCCAACACCAUGCCUCCGGAAAUCCACUACGAAGCCCCUCUGUUGGAACGCCUUUCCCAACUGGACUCUUGUGUUCACCCAGUUCUGGCAUUUCCAGAUGAUGUUCCCACAAGCCUGCACUUCCAGAGCAUGCUGAAAUCUCAGUGGCAGAAUAAACCUUUUGACAAAAUCAAACCUCCCAAAAAAUUUUCACUUAAGCACAGAACACCCAUGCCAGGCAGUCUGCCAGAUCCAACUCGUAAAGACAGGCACAAGUUGGUCAACUCCUUCUUAACAACAGCCAAGCUGUCCCAUCACCAAACCCGACCUGACAGGACCCACAGGCAGCACUUAGACGAUGUGGGGUCUGUGCCUGUGGUGGAGCGAGUGACAGCGCCAAAAGCAGAGCGCUUGCCCAACCCACCACCACUCGUGCAUGACCCAAACCACAGCAAAAUGAGAUUGCGAGACCAUUCAUCUGAGAGAAGUGAAGUGUUGAAGCAUCACACAGACUUGAGCAGUUCGAGCUACUUGGCAGCCUCUCACCAUUCACCGCACAGUCCUUUGGUGCGACAGCUCUCCACCUCAUCAGACACCUCUGCAUCCACCAGCUCCAGCCCACAGGUUACAGCCAGCACAUCUCAGCCAAUAAGGAGGAGAAGGGGAGAGAGCUCAUUUGACAUUAACAACAUUGUCAUCCCAAUGUCUGUUGCUGCAACAACCCGUGUAGAGAAACUGCAAUACAAGGAAAUCCUUACUCCCAGCUGGAGGGAGGUUGAUUUUCGGUCUCUGAAGGGGAAUCCUGACGAAGAGAACGAAGAGAUCGAGGACUUGUCUGAUGCAGCCUUCGCCGCCCUGCAUGCCAAAUGUGAGGAGAUGGAGAGGGCUAGGUGGCUGUGGACCACAAGCGUGCCACCCCAGCGGCGGGGCAGCAGGUCUUACAGGUCAUCAGACGGCCGGACAACCCCCCAGCUGGGCAGUGCCAACCCCUCCACCCCCCAACCCCCCUCUCCUGAUGUCAGUAGUAGCCACUCUUUGUCGGAGUUCUCCCACGGUCAGUCCCCCAGGAGUCCCAUCAGCCCGGAACUACACUCGGCCCCCCUCACCCCUGUGGCACGGGACACUCUACGACACCUAACCAGUGACGACACCCGUUGUUCCACGCCAGAGCUGGGGCUGGACGAGCAGUCUGUCCAGCCAUGGGAGCGGCGAACCUUCCCCCUGGCGUACAGUCCCCAAGCAGAGUGUGAGGACCAACUGGAUGCGCAGGAACGGGCAGCUCGCUGCACUCGGCGCACCUCAGGCAGCAAGACUGGUCGAGAGACAGAGGUGGCACCCACCUCACCUCCCGUUGUCCCCCUCAAGAGUCGGCAUCUAGCAGCAACAGUCACAGCUCAGCGUCCAACUCACAGAUGAGCGGGAGACGAGAAUCUAAAGACUCACUAACUAUUGGCAUUAAAGCUUCAGAAAUCUCUGCGUUUGAUAUUCAAACAUCAUAUGCCGGAAAUUUUCACAGUUUUUAGUGAAUUUAAGGAAUUUAGAUUCUACUUUGUUAUUUUUUUUUUCUCAUUUUGAUUUUUGUUUUGUUUUGGUUUUGGUUUCCAUGUUUGUUGUCACACACCUGAGCACUUCCUCCAGCUGGCAAACAGAAGUUCAGGAUAAGACCCUGCCGGCCUGGUCCUGGCACAUCCUCUGCACUGUUGAAUCACUGGACUUAGCGGCGUUUGAUGACCACCUCUCCCUCGCACCUGUGGGCAGGGUGGAACAGCCAAGUGGGCAGAGGGAAUGGAAAGCUCCAGCUCAGUAUUGCCACCUUAGGUUAGGGUGGGAGAACAGCUCACUCUGGGCUCUUACGCCUCCCCACUCCUCCGCUCCCCACCCACCUGUGGCUUGGCUCAGCUCCAGCCCUCCUGGCUGGGUCUCCCUUGGCCAUCUGUGCUGGAGCACCCGCGCCAGAGCCUCAGCUGUAACUGCCAGCUAGAAUGGCUUCCCCUGUCACCCAGAUCUCGGAGACGGAUGUGGGGUUUCCUCUGCAUUUGGUCAUCUCUGUAUUGACUCCUUAACUGCAGUUAACUUGGCUGUGGCUGCUCAGGUCCCCAUCCUGCCCCUUUGUGCUCUCUUGUCUGCUCCCCAUGCCAUAUACAUACCUACGCACACCAGUUCUUCCACUGGGACUUUUCUACCCUCUCCUGUUCCAUGAAGCUAGAGUUAGGACUACUUGACCUCUAUUCCCACCUCUGCAAACCAGGGGUCUGGGAAGUGAGCAGCCAUUUCUUCUAUGUAAUUCAGUUUUCUCCGGCUGAGUCAUUCAGUCGUUUCCUUCCCCCUCCAGUUCCCUGUCAGUGUCAGUCGGCCCUUCCUCUUUUAAGUUUCCCUUUCCUGUGGAACAUUGUCUGGUCCCAGCUGUGGUUCCCAUCUCUCCCCCGUGAUCACUCCCUGGUUGUUACCCUUGUGCCUGUCUCAUGUAUGAUCACAUUACCAAAAGGGGCAAUAAGGACUUUUUUUUUUUUUUGCCAUUUUGUAAUCAUAUAAAAAUAGUAAGCAAACUGCUUAAUGGUUGGGGUUUUUUCACAAUUUUCAACAUUAGUGAUUCUUUUUGAUUCUGUUUGCAAGUUAAAGGGUUUGUCAUUGUUUCUUUAAAAAAAACAAUAAUGCACCAUAUCCCUAUGCAUAAAGUGCUUCUUCUAUUUAUAAGGUUGAAAAUUCUGAAUAACCCUUUUAGCAUUGUAAAAAAAACAAAAAAACAAAAACAAAAAUGGAAAAAAAAACCUUGUAUUUUGUAAAUAUUUUCUUUUUUUCUGCUUUGAGCUGUGUAUUGGCAGCGAAACAUGUAGCUGUCUUUGUUCUAUAGAAAUGCUUUUCUUCAGAGAAGCUGAUCUUUGUUAAUGUCUUGAUUCUGUUCGCAAAGCACAGACUAGUGCUUAAAAAAAAAAAGGAAGGAAAAAAUGAAAAAAAUAAUAAAAAAAGUUACAGAA